AUGGGCAAAGGAAACGACAUUCUGUUCAAGGGCGCAAUUCCGGAAGUUCAUUACUACGACUUUGGUGCGAAGGGUCGCGGCGAAGUCCUCCGCGUCUUCCUCCACGAAGCGGAGAUCGAGUACAAAGACUCCCGUAUCCCCAUUAAAGAAUGGCCUAAAUACAAGGAAAAGUUCGUCGCUUCGGGUUUUAAUCCUGUUGGGAAGAUACCGGUGCUACAGACGCCGACAGGGAAUUACACGCAAUCGAUCCCGACGAUAAGGUAUUUAUCGAAAAGGUUGGGGAAGUACUUUGGGAGGGAUUUGGAUGAGGAGUAUGAGUGUGAUCGUAUCGCUGACGUAGGGAUGGAUCACCGUCGUACGUGGGCGUCGAAGGUGGUGUAUGGGGAUGAGAUUACGGCGAAGGAUUUCAAGGAGAAUGUCACGCCUGAGUUCUUGAGGCAGUUCGAGAUCUUUUACUCGAUCAAGCAUGGUGACUAUCUUUUGGGAGAUGAGGUUGGUGAACCUGUGUUGUCGAUCUCCUAUGAGUUUGAUGCAGGACGUCAACAUUAA